GCCGGGGGCGGGGAGCGCGGCCGCUCCGCGGGGAACAUGGCGACCGGCGGCUACCGGGCGGGCGGCGGCGGCAGCACCACGGACUUCCUGGAGGAGUGGAAGGCGAAGCGCGAGAAGAUGCGCGCCAAGCAGAACCCCGCGGGCCCGGCCGCCGCGGGCGGGGGCGCGGGCGGGGGCGCGGGCGCGGGCGGCGGCGACGCGGGCGGGAAGCCCCCGGCGGGGACUCCGGGCCCCGCGGCCGCCGCCGCCGAGCUGGGCAGCCACGCACCUGCCGGGCCGGGCUCCGGGGGCGUGAACUGCGCCGGGGGCCCCGCGCCGCUGCCCCGGCCCGGCCCCGGCCCCCGGCGGCCCGAGGACGAGCCCCCCGCCCCCGCCCCCGCCCCCGCCGCGCCCGCCGCGCCCGCCGCCGCCCCCGCCGAGCAGGAGGAGCGGGAGGAGCGGGACGGCGCGGCGGGCAGGGGCAAGGGCGCGGGCCCCAGCGCCAGGAAAGGCAAAGGGCAGAUCGAGAAGAGGAAGCUGCGGGAGAAGCGGCGCUCCACCGGCGUGGUCAACAUCCCCGCGGCGGAGUGCUUAGAUGAAUAUGAAGAUGACGAAGCAGGGCAGAAAGAGCGGAAACGCGAAGAUGCAAUUACACAACAGAACACGAUGCAGAAUGAAGCUGUCAGUUUAUUAGAUCCAGGCAGUUCCUACUUGCUACAAGAAUCAUCUAGAACAGUUUCAGGCAGAUAUAAAAGCACAACUGCCUCUGAAGAAGAUGUCUCAAGUAGAUAUCCCCGAACAGAUAGAAGUGGGUUCAGCCGAUAUAACAGGGAUGCAAAUACUUCAGGUAAUUUGGUCUCAAGUAGCAUGUUGGAAAAGAAAAUUGAAGAUCUUGAAAAGGAAGUAGUAAGAGAAAGGCAAGAAAACUUACGACUUGUGAGACUAAUGCAAGAUAAAGAGGAAAUGAUCGGAAAACUCAAAGAAGAAAUUGAUUUGUUAAAUAGAGACCUAGAUGACAUAGAAGAUGAAAAUGAACAACUAAAGCAGGAAAAUAAAACUCUUUUGAAAGUUGUUGGUCAGCUAACAAGGUAGAAGAUUGAAGUCCCCAUGUGGAAAAAAUAUUUUAAAACUACUGAUUGAAUGUUAUGGUUAAUGCUAGGACAAUACUCCUAUGCUGCAAUACAUUAAGUAUGUAUAUUUAUUUCUAGAAAACAGUGGAUGUUUUCAAAAUACUUCUUUUUCAUUAUUUCAAAAAAGUAUCAACCUUCUAUUUCACAAAUAAGUAACAUCUCUCAGUUAUUAAAUUGAUAGGUUAUGCCUGUUGGUUCCAUGUGGUAUUCAAAUAAUAUAUGGUUUAAAGUCACAACCGCUUGAAUAUAUUUUAUCUAUGGUAGUGUGUUUUCUCCCUAAAGGAAUAUACAUAGUCUUUGUUUACAUGAAUUCCAGUACUUUUGGGGAGUUACCCGCAAUUGCCUUAUUACUGAUGUGUGCAAACUUAUAUGUGUUGUUGAUGUACUUCUCAUAAAGGCUUUGUCUAUUGUCAUUUGUUCUUUCAACUUAUUUUAAGCCAUUUAGAGUCCUAGAGUGUCACACCAUUUUGUAUAACAGUCAUCUUCAAAAAGAAAAGCUAUUAUGAAAAGUCAUUUAAUAUCAUGUACUAGUUGGCUAAAUAUAAAAUUUUAGAGAAUACUUGAAUUGUGCUACAAUGAAUUAAAAUAUAUAAUUUUUGUAUCUGAAUGUUGAAAAAAAUCUAAAAUCACUUUAGCUUUUGAAAAACCUACAAUUGUAAUUUCAUUGUAAAAUUUCUUAUGUAGGUACUACCUUUUUUAUUAUUCCAAGGUUUAUAAGUGAAAAUAGAUGUUUAAAAAGUUGUUCACUCAUCAGUUGUGGAGUGUGUACAAGAAAAAAAAUCCAUAUUUUUAAUUAUUAUUUGCAUUAAAAACAAAACCAAAAUAUUUAUCCACACUUAAAACAUUUAUACUUAACAUUUACAAAGUUAGUACAUAAACAGAGUAUUGAAAUAUUUUCCUUAUUUCUAACCUGGAGAGUAACACUGUGAUAGUUGUUCUCAUAUGAGAGAAUUAUUCCCCUACCUCAAAUUUAAGGGAUUAUUUUUUUCCUAACAUUGGAUUUUUUUUUUUUGUAAAACAAUUUUUAAAAAUUUUGAAGAAUUGUAUAAAUUUUCUAUUAAAUAUCACUUAGUGUUUAGAGUCGUUUUAUAUUGAAUUUUCAUGUUGAAUAAGGAAACCCCCUCUAAGAUUUAUUAACAUUAAAAAAAUAUCUGUCUGGUAGUUGAAUCCUGAGCAAUAUGCUCAUACUUUACUUAUACUUAUUUGUCCAGUUAAAUAUAGUAAAAUCCAUUUUGGUAACGUAUUGACUCUUUCUUCACUUGCCGAGUCGCUUCGUUAUUUACUAUUAGAAAAAUAGGGAAGUGAGACAUUUGGACAAAUGUAGAGUAAAUGAUAAAUGUCACACGUUGAAUCCUAAAAUUCUUUGUGAUUACCUAGAUUGGCUUCUCACUUUCAACCUUGGCUGAAUCACUUGGGUUGCUUACAGAUAAUUCCCUGGCUGUAAUUUCUAGAUAGAUUUAGGGUGAGACCCUGGACAGAAUUUUUAAAUUUCACCAUCUGAUGAUUCUGAUCAUAACCUAGGUUUGGAAAUAGCUGCUGUCACCUCUUUCCUCCUCUCUCUUCCACUGGAGACCCUAGAAUGAACAUACGUUAGCUACCAGCGUUUUGUCCCCCUUAUAGUUUAUUUAAUAAUUUAUCUGGUCUCCGGGGAAGUUUUCAUAGGUUUUAAAUACAUUUACCAAAAAGUUCAAUGUUCAAUCGAAACUGGAUGUAGGUGCAGAAUUACUACAUAAGGGCAUCCUUUUCAGAGAGUGUUUACCCAGCAUCCUGGAAGAGUGACCUGCUGUCCACAUGUCCGAGUGGCAUGCCAGGCGCCGGCGCUGCGCUGCGCUGGCCCUGGGGCACUCGUCCCCCUUCACUUACCCUUAGGCAUGUGGUGGAAACAUUGGUACUACCUAGUUUUGCAUGCAAGCUUUGGAUGUUGUAAAAUGCUGUCCGUGUCCAGCCUUAAAAUAUGUUCGUGUGCUGGUUUUUCAGUAAAGGAUUUGAAAUUUCUAUUUAGUCUGUAUGUAAGUAAGGGAUAUUUCAUUUCCCUUUCAAAAUUAUACCAGUUUUUAAUGCCUUUAAAGACUGAGCAGUGUUUUAAACUUAUCCUUUUCUUCAGUUUAUUAGGAAAAUUUCCAGCACUGAUCUUAAACAUAAUGGUACCUAGUGCAAAUACAGGAGCCUGACACUCAGGCAAAGCAAUUCACAAGCAGUCCUGCCUCCUGCCCUUAAGAUGUAUAUUUAUAUCACAUGUAGAUUUUUACACUGAAUAUUGAAAAAUUUAGAAUCUCCUAUAAUUUCCCUUUGAAAUGUAUAAAAAGCAUUGAGAUUUUAAAAAGGUAACUUAAAUACAUGUGCACUACCUUAGAAAAUUUGGCUGUUGUCAAUAAAGUGCUAGUAUUUGUGAUAUUAUUAGUUCCAUUCAGAAAUUAUAUUUCUUAUAUUUCCUGGGAAUUUAUGGUAUAAUAAAGCAUAUUCAAAGUUUUAA